AUGAGCCUAGUCGUGUACGUGUUUCUUGUGCUCCUGGGAAGCACCGAGCUGGGUGCGCGAGCCAGCAAGCAUAAAUAUUUGGACUCCAUGUUCGCAACCAAAGGCGGGAAUCCAGACCCAUGUUACACCGAGAAUGGAGAGCCUAAGCGAUGUAUUCCGGAUUUUGUCAAUGCUGCUUUCGGCAGACGAGUGGUGGCCUCCAGUACCUGUGGGGUGGAACCUGAGAACUACUGCAAGUCUUCCACGGACAAAAGCGGGGAGAUAAUCAGGUGGAUUAUAUCUCCCCCUUUUUUCACCAGGCAUUGCUUUGUGUGUGACGCCAGCAACCCCAAGUACAGCUUCCCGCCAGAGUACCUGACGGACCUCAACAACCCUUCCAACCUGACCUGCUGGAUGUCCAAGACCUACACGGCUGUCCAGUACCCGUCCAAUGUCACGCUGACUCUCAGCCUCGACAAGAAGUAUGAGCUGACCUACAUCAGCCUUCAAUUCUGUUCCGCCAGACCACAUUCCAUGGCCAUCUUCAAGAGCAUGGACUACGGCAAGUCUUGGGUUCCUUUCCAGUACUACUCCAAUGACUGUAAGAAAAUGUACAACAAAUCUCCCAAGGCCGUCGUCACGAAGGCUAACGAGCAAGAAGCCUUGUGCUCCGACUCCUACAGCACCAUAGACCCUUUGACGGGCGCCCGGGUAGCCUAUUCCACAUUAGAAGGCAGGCCGUCUGCUCUGGACUUUGAGAAUAGUCCCGUUCUGCAAGACUGGGUCACCGCCACGGACAUCAAAGUGGUCUUCAACAAGCUGAACACUCUUGGCGAUGAAGGCAAGGACGAUGAUGGUGCCAAGAAGAGCUACUACUAUUCCUUAUCGGAUUUCGCGGUGGGAGGCAGGUGUAAGUGCAACGGCCACGCAUCUCGUUGCAUUACCGGGCGUGACGGUCGCCAGGCCUGUGAUUGCAAGCACAACACUGCCGGAUAUGAUUGUGAGAAAUGUCAGCCAUUUUUCUACGACCGACCUUGGCAGAGAGCCACAUCUAGGGAGGCUAACCAGUGUGUGG